AUGCUAUUAUCGCGUUCUAUCUGCUCGGGCUUGCUGGCCUUGAGCUUUCACUUCAGCACAGCUCAAGGCCAAGACGACAAGAGAAUAAUCAUCGGCUAUCGGACAGUUUCCGAAGAGGAAGCCUUUGAUAUCAAUGCCAAAAAUAAGCCUAUGAGAGAUGAAGGAUUCGAUUUCGCGAACCGAGUUAGAGAAAGCGACCAACAAAUAGGACCUGGCUAUUAUCUUGUAAACCACCCUGCUGGCUGGCCAGCUGAGAAGGGGGAUUGGCAUUGUGUUAUCAAAGCGAAUAAAAAUGAAUUUGAUGAAGCGCUCAAAGUAUGGAUCCCAGAAUAUUUUGAGACCAUUGAUUGGGUAGGAAAGGUGAAACGAGUAGAUUUGUGGACCGGAGACAUGGAAAAUAUUGCAGACUAUAUGUUAUUAGUAGGGUUACCCGCGAGGUUGGAAUUGCGCUUCUCACGUAUCAAGGGUGCUGAGACUGCGAUGUUGCAAAUGGUUAUUCCAAGUAAAGUGGUAAACAAGAAUCACUUGGAUUUAUGGGGUCAAUGCUGGUCAACAGCGGCUGAGCUGAAACAGCAUGCGAACCAAAUCGUUAAUUGGGAGCAAUGGGCUAUUGCUGGAGAUCCCAUGGUGGCCGAGCGCUUCCAGCUGUAA